ACAGAAUAGAGACAGACAGAGAGAGGGAGAGAUAGAGAGAGAGCAGUGACGGGGUGGUGGAGUAGUAGUAUUGCGCGGUAGUAGCAGGCCCUCUUUCUUCUCGUGUCUCCUGGCCCCUUUUCAAAGCAGCGAGAUCGCUUUUUACUUCUCGGGUUAUGGUCACAGGUGCUGUCGCAUGAGGUUUCAGCUUGUGGGUUGUCUCUGCGUGUCCCCGUGUGCCUGUGCUGUUGUGGGUUUAUUCUCCCGCCUUUGUAUAGUGUAAGGUGAUGGUGGAUUGACGCUGCAGGAGACGCUUGGGACCAGAGAAUACGUGGAUGGACCUGCGCAUGUUAUACGCACUCUGUUACCUGUCCUUGUCCUGUGUUUGCUUCAAGUGUGUACACUGUUUCCUGUCUUGUUGCACUUUUGAUCGUUAUCGUUGAGCAACGGUAAUCCCUCAGACGACUGUUGUUUAGUUCAUCAUGGCCACAAGAGUGGCAGCUGCUGCUGGCUUAGCCGUGAUCACCUCAUAUCUGAUUGCUGCUCGACUCCGCAAAAAUUCGAAGGCUGUGAAGUUGACGACGGCGUUUCAAGGUAAAAUUCGACUGCCAACUUCGGUCACGCCCAGCCGUUAUGACCUGGAGUUGACACCAAAGCUGGAUAUUUGCAAAUUCGAUGGCAAAAUGACCGUGUCUCUUCGCAUUGUUGAAGACACCAAGUAUAUCGUUCUCAAUGCAGCCGAUCUCACCAUUACUGAUAAAUCCGUGUGGCUGCGAUCUAAUACUUCUCGACAGAUGUUUUGGCCAAAAUCUGUGGAGCUGCACCCGGAAGAUGAAAUUCUAGUUUUGGCUUUUGAGGAGAAUCUUUCAUUAGGUGAAGCUGUUCUGAGCAUGGAGUUCCAAGGCACUCUAAAUGACCAGAUGCGUGGAUUUUAUCGGAGCUCCUAUAAAAUCAACGGCGAGACAAGGAACAUGGCUGUGACACAAUUCGAGCCAGCUGAUGCAAGGCGAUGCUUUCCGUGUUGGGAUGAGCCCUCCUUCAAGGCCACCUUCAAGAUGACAUUACAUGUUCCAGUAGACAGGGUCGCCUUAUCCAAUAUGCCGAUUGCAGAGGAAACGCGAAGUUCGCCUAAGAUGAAAACCAUCAAAUUUGAGGAGUCUCCACGCAUGUCAACGUACCUAGUGGCAAUUGUCGUCGGAGAGCUUGAGUAUAUCGAGGGGCACACGCCAGAUGGUCGGAGCGUUCGAGUGUAUACAGAAGUUGGAAAAACACACCAGGGAAAGUUUGCUUUGGAUGUUGCUCUCCGAACCCUUCCUUUCUAUGCCAAGUAUUUUGGAACGGAAUAUCCUCUACCGAAGUUAGAUAUGGUUGCUAUUCCAGACUUCGCUGCAGGAGCCAUGGAAAAUUAUGGCUUGGUUACUUACCGAGAAGCUGCCCUUCUAUUUGACGAGAAGGUCUCAGCAGCUGCUAAUAAGCAAAGGGUCGCUGUGGUCGUGGCUCACGAGCUGGCACAUCAGUGGUUUGGAAAUCUUGUCACCAUGGAGUGGUGGACCCAUCUUUGGCUUAACGAAGGUUUUGCCACCUGGGUGAGCUACUUGGCCAUUGAUCAUUUGUUCCCAGAGUGGCAGAUCUGGACACAGUUUGUGGAACAGACCGUAGAUGCCUUCCGGUUGGAUGGGUUGGUGGAAUCUCAUCCUAUUGAGGUCGAAGUGGGGCAUGUUCGAGAAAUCGAUGAAAUCUUCGAUGCAAUUAGUUAUAAGAAAGGAGCAGCUAUUAUCCGAAUGCUGCAGACAUAUCUGGGCGCGGAUACAUUUCAGAGGGGAUUGGUUUCUUACAUCAAGCGCUAUGAGUACAAAAACGCUAGAACAGAAGACUUGUGGAGUGUGCUGUCCGAGGAGUCUGGAGCUCCUGUCAAGGAGCUGAUGGAUUCUUGGACUAAGCAACAAGGAUACCCUGUCGUGUCUGUCCAACUUAAAAGCGAGGCCCUGGUUAUAGAGCAGAGCCAGUAUCUUUUCAGUGGACAUGGGGGUGAUGGAGAGUGGGUGGUACCAGUUACGUAUUGUGUGGGUGCAUACAAGAAUAAAAUGAGUGAGCUUGUGAGACUGAAGACAAGUGUUCUGUCGACCCAUAAACUCAUUCAUGAUAAGCAAGCGAACUCCGAUAGUGAUAUGACUUCCCAGGACUCAUCUCCCGAUCUGUCCAAGGAUUGGAUCAAACUGAACGUUGGCCAGACUGGAUUUUAUCGUGUUAAAUACGAUGAUGAACUGGCUUUGCGCCUUCGUUCGGCCAUAUCUGCUGGUUCUUUGGAGGCUACGGACCGUUUUGGAGUUCUGGAUGACACUUAUGCACUGUGCAUUGCCCGGAAACAGCCUCUGAGCGUCUUGCUUUCUCUCAUGGAAGUCUAUCGUUCAGAGACCGAUUACACAGUUCUUAUGUGUAUGACCAACGUUUCUUAUAGGAUUCUCAAAGUAGUUGGAGAUGCGAUACCCUCGGCAGCCAAAGACUUGAAGCAUUUUGUGUCAAAUCUUCUCCUGCCUUCUGCUGAACGACUGGGAUGGGAAGCCCGCCCUGAUGAGGGACAUCUAGAUAGCAUGCUACGAGGUGAAUUGUUGUCAGCCCUAGUAUUCUUCGGUCACGAGGACACAAUCAACGAGGCAAAACGGCGAUUUGAGGCAUUUCUAAAAGACCGUGAAUCUCCCCUCUUACCUGCGGAUACUAGGAAGGUGGCAUAUACAGCUGUCAUGCAAAGUGUGAAAAGUUCGGAUAAAACAGGCUACGAAUCUUUGCUCAAAAUUUACCGGGAAACGGAUGUCAGUCAGGAGCGCACUCGAGUUCUCAGUACACUUGGAGCCUCUUGCGACCCUGCUAUUGUCAGUGAAGCUCUUGAUUUCUUGCUGUCACCAGAGGUCCGAAAUCAGGAUGCAAUUUGGGUUUUGGCAGGGAUUAGUGGUGAAGGCCGAGAUGCGGCUUGGUCCUGGCUCAAGGAAAACUGGAAAACAGUAUGGAACCGAUUUGGGGAGAGUGUCCUGAUAACACGCUUCAUCAGCAGUAUUGUCUCUUUGUUCUCGAGUGAUGACAAAGCUGACGAGAUCAAAGACUUCUUCAACGCAAACUCCGCCCCAGGGAUUGAUCGAACCGUCGGCCAGAGUAUAGAGCGUGUGCGUAUUACGAGCGAGUGGGUCAAGUAUGUCCAGAAAGAGGAGGGCAUUGUAGAAAAGAUUAAGCAGCUGGGUGGCUAGGAUUAACCAGCUUUUAAACAUCAGAUGCACCAAUAGGCGCGAGUCUUUGAAUGCAGACAUCUUCACUGGACGGAGCCUUCUCUCGUUACAGGAUGUGCAAUCUGUUUCAUGCAAUGAAACUGUCCCUAAUGUAAACUUUGAAUAUGCUUCCAUUAGCUUCUACUGUUUA